AUGUCGGCGAGACAACCACGCUUCAACCAACAAAUCCUCAUCGACACCACCCCCCUCCCCGACUCCGUCCCAAAAGUCGAGGAAAUCGGCGCCUCCUCCGCCCCGCUCCUCAGCGCCUCCUUCUUCAUCGGCGCCCGCUGCAAAGCCUACAAUGACGACUUCAUGCAAUGCAAGACCGAGGCCAACGGUAGCGGCGAGAUCGACUGUAUGCGGGAAGGCCGGAAGGUGACGCGGUGUGCGACGAGUGUGCUGGAGGAUAUCAAUAAGAGCUGUCUGGAUGUGUUCCGGCAGCAUUGGGAGUGCUUGGAUGACAAUAAUCAGCAGUUGUGGCAAUGUCGGAAGAAGGAGAGGGCGUUGAAUAAGUGCGUGUUCGAGAACUUGAAGAUGGAAAAGGUCAUUCCUGGCACACCGGAGAAGGAGACGCCAGUACAUCUACGGAAGCGGCAGAUCUUUGCGCAUUCGGUUGCUUCACAAUAA